UAAGUCAGACUUUGUUCCUUGUUAAAGAGGCACGAGGACAUAAUUGAAAAACAACAAGGAAUCAGUGACCGAGAACAUAUCGGACCACUAAGAAACACAGAUGGUGUUCCUGUUUUAGAUUUUACGUCUCGCUUCCUCCUUAAUCUGAGUGAGAAGUGAGGAGAUGUCUUCAGCCCAUAUAAACUGGGAUUCUACCGUAUACAAUAAUGUUAAGAAAACAUUUGAGAGUUGCCCCAUUGCUGAUACUUGUGCUGAGUGUCCUCGGAGGACAUACCCUCACAUGUCGUAGAUCCGAGUAUCUGAACGGGGAUCAGUGCUGUCCUAAGUGUUCUGCUGGAAGUCGAGUUGAACAACAUUGCACAGAGUUCAGAAAUACUUCCUGUCUGGAUUGCGAUGAGGGAACAUUCAUGAAUCGUCCCACAGGGUUUACAGCAUGUUUUCCCUGUAAACUCUGUGAUUCAGGUUCUGGUUUGAAGCUGAAGUCAUGUACGGCUACAGGUCUAGUUUGUGAACCUCUGGAGGGAUUCUACUGUACGUACGCUGUAGAGGGAAACUGUCUGGUAGCACAGAAACACAGACGCUGUCAACAAGGACAAUAUAUCCGCCAAAAAGGAACAGCUGUCAGGGACACUGAGUGCUCUGAAUUACCCUUUGUUGAAAUGUAG